CUUGGUUGCUAUGAGCUACGCGGCCAGCGAGCAAACGGUUGCAUUUAAUGGAGUUAGACGGCAACAAGUUAAACUAAAGGUCGUUUGUGUUUUGGAGGCCGUGUUCAGGACCCUGGGUAUAGCAUUUUACUUCUCCAUUGAAUCGGGAUCCUGUUCCUGCAGGCAUUGACGGGGCCUGAAGUACUGCCUGCCUGCCUGGGGUAUUUAUUGGUUAUACCGGGGAAUUAAAUCAAAAGCCGUGCAGAUAAAGUGUACAAUGUAGGUUACACGGAUGGCUUUACCUACAAUCCCAUCCAGAUGGAGCACCAGGAGUCGAGGGCUGGAACAGCAAAUUGUUCGCCAGCGGGAGCAGGAAGAGCGCCUUCGCACGCAGUGGGAGCUGCAUCACCGAUACUUCAAAAUGCACGAUGUCCGGAGUAGUAAACAGGCGCAGUGGAGCUCAAGACAAUCUUACCAGCAAAGUAUGACAGCAUACCACAGAAAUCGUCAGCAGGAGGAAAAACUAUGUAACCUAGAGCAAAGGCGGCGAAAGCUCCAGAGCUUACUGCAAGAAGAGCAGGAUCUGCUUGAAGCAGAGCUCCGUGAGCUGAAGAUGGAUUCAGGUCGUCUCAUACAGGAGGCAAAAAAGAAGACUGAGGAAUUGAAAUCAGCUCGUGAAGAACAUCGAAGAAAGGUUGCUGAAGAGUUGUUAUAUGAGCACUGGAAGAAGAACAAUACCGAACUCCAACAACUCCAGUCAGAUUUGCACAAGGCACAUGUUACAGACAGCUGGCAUUCACAGGUCACAGAAAAACGACAGCAAGAAGAGGCAGAGUUAGAGGAGAAGAAAAGACUGGAGAACGAAUAUGAAAUUGCUCGAAAGCAGGCCCUAGAGCGAAUAAAGCAGGAAGAGGCGAGAAGAAGACAGGAAGACCUGAAGCAAGCAGAGAUUCUGCAACAACAGAUGGAAGAGCUGCGUUUACGGGAGGUUGAGGCAAAGAAACUCAAGCUGGAACAGGAGAGAUUAUUGAAACAGCAAUGGGAGUUGGAGGAGCUGGAGGAGCAAAGGAAACAAUUAGAACAACGGCGAAAGAAAUCUGAGUUGGGCCGGAUACUGAAUCGACAAUACAAGACCCAGAUGAGGAGGCGUGCUCAGCAAAUUCAGGAAGAAUUGGAGAUGGAUCGCCAACUUCUUGCAUCCCUCAUUGAAAAAGAAGAGGUAGACCAAAAACUGCAGUCAGCGAGGAAAGAACGAGCUAUAGCUGAUGCAGCUUGGAUGAAAAAAGUCAUUGAGGAGCAGCUCCAGUUGGAAAGGGAGCGGGAGGCAGAAUUGGACACCAUCUUUAGGGAGGAGGCCCAACGUAUGUGGGAAAAACGAGAGGAGGAGUGGGAGAGGGAAAGACAAGCAAGAAUGCGUUUAAUGCAAGAGGUACUUAUAGGUCGUCAGCAGCAAGUCCUGGAGAGAAUCGAGCUGAAUCGACGCGCUCAGGAAGAAUCUGUGCAGCUUCGGGAGAAACUUAUUCAAGAACUCGAGGAAGUAAAGGAAAUGACAAAGCGUAAGAAAGAGGAAGAGGAGGAAGUAAAAACAGCCCGCAAACAGGAGCUAGAAGCUCAGGUUGAAGAACGAAGGAGGAAGGAGUUGGAAGAGUUGCAACGACAACAGGAAGAGGAGAAUGAGGAAAGGUUCGCAGAGAGGGAGAAUGAAGAGUUGCUUCAACGUGAAGCUGAGCUGAUGAGACGGCAAGGAUAUGAGCCCAAGACUUGGCACCGGCCACGAAUAGCCUGGACGUAAUUUAAAAACUGGGAGGUGCAAAUGUGGCUGUAAAGUGUGACUCUUCCCUUGGAAUGGAUUCACUGCAUGGAGCAAAUGCUCUCACUGACAGAGUCUUCAACUCCCUUUCAGUCCUGCACUUACUGAAGAAGAAACAUCAACCUGUGGAAAUAUGAAAUUUAGGCUGAAUUUCAUAUGAAGCCAACAAACUGAUAUAAAUCUGUAAGGAAGACACCUUCUCUAUAAAUUGAUCACCUGUGAUUAGUACAUAGUCCUCCACAGGUCCCAACCAGUUUUCAUUGCUUGAAAGAUUAUACCGUCACUCAGAUGAGUGUUCGUGAAUGGCUGGUGCACAGAAUCCAUAUUGCACAUAUAUGGAUCAAAAAGUAAUCCUGAAGCCACAUCUACAUUUAGUGGAGCUCCACAGCCAUGGAUUCUGUGGCAGUUCAGACUGCCACAGAAUUGCUUCUGUUCCCGUAAUCAUCCUUUUUAGGAUUAGGGACUACUUGCAUUUACUCACAUUCUUUUGUAAUUGGGUUAACUAAUGUGGCCAAUGAUGAAACUACAGAAUCUACCAGAGAAAGAGCAGAAGGUUUCUGAUGGGUUGGGUAGUCUGUGAGUGUUGGAUCUCCUUCACCAUUUAUGCAGGGGCUUUUUACUCUUCCCAACUAUUGCUUCUCCACUUUAAACAGACUGGGUCAGUGAUUCCCAAGGAAUGUCGGGGUUGUUUCUCAAGGAGGCUUUGAGCACAUCCUCCUCCUGCCUUGUGAUCUCUUUCUGUGACAGAGUUUGGAAUAGUGUUUGUUUCAGGAAUUCUGUGUCAGACAUGUUAGUGACCUGUUCAACACCAUGGCAUAUAAUACAAAUGUUAAAGAAACAUCUAUUCAUCUACAAGCCUUUAAUAAUAGAUGAGCAAUAAAUUUAAUUUAAUGUAUUCUAAAGCAGGGAGAUGUACCAGUUCCUGAUUUCAGUGCUUUGUUGUAGUAAGAGAAGGAGAAAGUUUUAAUAUGUCAGGCCCCACUCAAGAGUUGGGAAAAAAGAACCUAAAAUUCUCACUCCUUCCCCCCCCCCCCCCAACCCCCGAGGGUGGAGGAGCAAAACCUUAUUCCAUCCAGGUGGCAUGAAUAUCAAUUUCUCUUUCAAUUAAAAAAACAAUUUCCCUUCCCUUCCCCUCUUCUAUUCCCCAUUGGUGCCCCUCCUCCUUUCCUUUCUCCUAUGGUCCAUUCUCCUCUCCUAUCAGAUUCCAUCCUCACCAGCCCUUUACCUUUCCCACCCGUCUGGUUUCACCUUAUAGCUAUCCUCCUUCCCCUCCCCAGACUUUUUUAUUUUGGCUACUGUCCAGUCCUGAAAGAUGGUUUCAGCCCAAAAUGUUGACUGUCCAUUCAUCUCCAUGGAUGCUGCCUGACAUGCUGAGUUCUUCCAGCAUUUUGUGUGUGUUGCUUUGGAUUUCCAGCAUCUACUGAAUUUGUUGUAUUUUAAGUUCUCACUUGUAAGUUUUAAGGCAUACUUCAGGAAUGGACCGAAAAGCACCAUAUAUGGAACUAUGUGUGAGUGGAAGUGAGAUAACGGAAAAUUACUGUGCAAGAGAAUCUAAUAAUUGGUAUGUAGCCAGCUUAGUAUAGACAAAUGUGAUAUUUAUAAUGGACUCAGACUUUUCUGUUGGUAUUACUGUAUGUGUUUCCUGUAUUUGUAAGACCAGUUAAUUUCUUCGCAGUAGUGGAGCAUUUAACGGAAGAUUCAGCCCCACCACAUUCAGAUUUAUUUUCAAUGGAGUUCAAUGUACGUGGAGACUGGUAGGAAUGAUAUUCAUGUGAAGUGCAUUCUGAUCCAACUUCUUCAAUAUGUUAAAGAUGUGCUGGCUGAUGGUAAGAAACUGGGAAAUCAUCCCUUCACACCAUAUUCGCAUUUUCCCUUACAAUGUUUGCAGGCCAAGUACAGGAAAGUGAAAUAUACAACCGGGUAAGUGUAGUAGCAGUUACCCCCUUGCACUCUGGCAGUGAGCUACAGAGACCAGGAGAGGAUCAGAAAUAGAAGUUAUGUUUACCAUUCAGUUUUUAAAUUUUAAUUUUGUACAGCAGCAAGUUAGCUCAAAUUACUCAACUUGUCUUAGUUAUUUUUGUAGAUCGUGUCAAUAAGGCAUGUCUGCUUGGACCAUGUGAUUGAAAUCAAUGCUAAACUAUAGAUGGAGUCCAAUGCAGACUAGGAAGGGAUUAAGGUGAGAAAAAAUAAAAAUCUUUAUAAAAUACUGAGUGAUUUGGGCUUUGAAAUCUUAGUUCUUUGUUAAUACCAAUGCAGUCUUGCAUUAUCUGGGCUGUCCUAAAUUUCUAGCUGUCCAGGUGGAACUGAUUGAGCUAAUGUUAAGUGUGAAAGCUGUCACUAUCUAAUUAGCAGCAACUUCUAUUCACAGAUGCUCACUUACACCAAACUGUGUUUAUUUAACUUUCAGGCCAUUAAAGCUUCUAAUGAUACUUCUAGCAUAACUGUCCAACUGGUUAAUUGCCAGUUCCCUUGAUUUCCUAGUGACUCUCAUAAUUAGCCCAGGUAUUCAGUAAGUGUCUGUACUUAUUUCACACUGAAAUUGAUGUCUGCAACAUAACAUUUGCUAUGUUAAUAAACAAAAUCUAGGCUUUUUACUAAUCCUGUGUACAGUUUAUGACACUAUUUCAGAAGCAGUAAUCAUGAAACAACUGUCAUCUGGGGCAUAAUGUUUUUAUUCAAUUGUUUAUUAUAUAAAUAAAGUGCCUCGUGCAUCAGAUAAUG